AGGAAACGAGAACCAGCACCCGCACCGCACCCAAGCGGCGGCGCGACUCCGCCUUUUCAAAUCCCGCCUUCCACAGUCCCACUUCCUCGCCAGUUGCCCCCUCCCUCCCUCUCCUCGCCUCGCCUCGCCUCGCCACCUAUUCCCUCUCGCCGCGUCGCCCCCGCUUCCGGAAGCUUCCAGAAGGUUGCCGGUCGGAGGGACGGGCUACAUGGUGGCCACCUUCCAGUAGGUAGCUUCCGUCUCCCGCCGCGCCGCCGCCGCCAGGCUGAGUGGAAGGUAGGGGAAGGCGAGGAACCCAAGGGCGGGAUGUGGAGGUAGAGGAUUGGACGCUACAAUGGCGCAGGCUGCUGUGGAGUCCGCUCUGAAUGGUGACUCUUUGAUUGGGAGGCAGCCGGUGGUUCCGAGGAUGAAGAGGAAGACACCCUCCGAACUGAGAGGUGAACAACUGAAGCGGCGUACGUCUGAAAAACUUGCUAAUGAUCUGUUACCUUCUUCUGCCGCAUUAGAUAGAUCAAACAAUGGACUAAGGAACACAGAGCAACAAAAGAUAUCCAAGUACAUCAACACACGUGUUACAGAGGUGUUCCCUGUGAGAAAAGCAAGAAACCUUGGGAAGGAAAAUUGCAAGGAUGCCUUACAGAAUAAUGAGAAGGUUUCUAAGUCUGUUGAUGCUACAACAGCCUCAAAUUUUGCAUCACCUUCACUUCUAUGUGGUCAUGGUGACUCUGCUAAGUUGGACACUUUUGUUCCAUCCACGGAGGCUGCAAAGCCAAGUUUCAAGAAAGUUGAGAAAUGCAGUGAAAAUGCUCUGCGGAGUGUAUCUGAACUUCAUGUUGGCGAUGAGAAGCAGACUGGUUCUAACAAAUUUGAUAUGGAAAAAGUACUGAAAGGUUUUGGAGCUCGUGAUGCUUUUGUGGCUUCUGGGCUCAAUGCCCCUAAUGGACAAGUUGGUGGUAAUGCGUUGAAGUCUUCAGACAUCUGCCCAUCUAAGAUCACCGUUCCAGGGAAAAAAGCUCCUCUGGAUUUUACCUUAAAGACUAGUUUGCAAUUUGUUUCAUCAUCAUCUGUGAAGUGGUGUCACAAGCUCAAUACAAGUUUUGGCAGAAGCAGCAUCACUGGAGCCAUUGGUCAGAGCUGUCCUCGUGGGUGUCAAAGUUUAGAGUGCCCAAAGCCUGAGAGCAAUAAGGAAUUCUUGUUCUCAAAGGCUCUACAAUCAUGGGUAUAUCCACAAUCGCUGUUGCCUUCCUCUGUCAUAUCUGCUAUGCUCUCAUCAACUGCACGAGGAGAAAGUGAUUUUCUUCUCAAAAGACAUCAGGACUGGGAAGAUUCAUUCCAAAAUCUUUACUACAUGCUCCGGAAGAACAUGUUGAAUAUAUUCUAUGUUUAUACAACACAAUUUGUUGCUCUCUUCAUUGGUGGAAGCUGUUUGGAAAAAAAGCAGUCCAGUAAUGCCUACUUAUCACAAUCUACACGUGGCCUACGCGCAUUACUACGGAAACAUGGUGUUUGCUUUUCUAUGCCUCUUUGCAACACUGAAGUGGAGCAGGCUACUGAAGAUGACCUUAUUGAACUUUCAGAAAUCCAAAGGCGCAAUCUUGGACAGGCACUCCAUUUGGAUGCUUUAUCUGAUGUCGACAACACCAAGCAGUCAUUGCUUUCAUUUACUGGCAAUGAGAACGUUCAUGGCUUAUACGAUGUUCUUUUGAAUUACAAGUCCUUGCUAAAUUCUUUAUCUGCUGUGGACGUCCCAGUCUUAUAUUCACCCCAGCCAUUUCAAAAUGGCUGUCUACAUAUUCCAGAGGUGAAGUGCAGGGAGAUGAGGAGAGCAGACAUGGGGCUGCUCUCAUCCGGCGGGUUCGACACAGAACAGGGAUCAGCGUUUGCCUCAACGACAGGCAACAUCUGCUACAGCAUGGAAAUAAAGGACGCGGUUCUCCCGCCAUGGGUCGUCUCUGGACUCUGCGCGGCGAUGAGCCUGGACGCGGCCAGCUUUGAUCUAACGAUCGCCACGGAGCCGUCGUCGAUGGGUUUGAACGUGGCCCUCAACUCCAUGGGCACCACCACGAAUGCCCAGCCUGAAGGAGCGACUCCCUCCAGCGGCUGUGCGCCUGGGCCUGUGGUGGGCGCCAUUCCUGACGCCGUCCUCGUCCCCUCCCUGCACUCCGCGUCGGUGCGGCGCCUCAGCUACACGGACGGCGGGUACGUUGCGCACACAACCGUGUGAGCUCUCUGAGCUUGAGGUGGCCUCGGUUCCUGCGCGCGAGCGCAGCAGCCGCUUUUGCUGCCCGUCCGUCCGGCUCCGGCUCCGGCUGCCGGGUGGGAGAAGAGGGUUCCUCUGGCGUCUGUGCGGCCGGGCCCCCACGACGACAAAAGAAGGCAUCGGCGUGCGGAUCGUGUGCGGGGGGGUUGUUGUGAUUUUGGAGCCUGCCUUGGCCUUUUUUCCUCGUAGUACACGGACGUGUCGAUACACGAUUUGGUGACUAAAUUAUGGAGGCCAUACUUCUGGUGGUCUGGAAAAAGGAAACAACUGUGCUUGUGCAUCAAUUAUUCACCUGUGCUUGGUGUUUAAAUU